AUGCUCACCCUUUCAUCCAUUACACCACGCGACUCCCACGAACUUUGGUUCGGAUCUUCCCAACCAUAUCGCUCUACCUCCGAUCAACAAGGCGACAAUGCCGCAAACCACCUCGCUCGGCGUAAUGCCAACGGCACGCCCAGCAGUCAUCGCUCAUUCAUGCCAUCCCGCUCUUCUGCCAACACAAUCGCCACACUAGCCGCAGAAGAACGCUCGCUACGCGCUCGAAAAUUGAACAUUGCGUCAUUUGGAUACUCAUGGAUCAGGCCGGCGGGAUGUGCGAAAACAAUGCUCGGUAUGAAAGAGGAGGAAGCGGAGCGCGAAGAGGCGCUACAGGCAGCAGCAGCUGAGAUGGAAGCUGCAGAGGGAGAAGGAAUCAUGGAUGAUGAUAUGGGCAUGCAGAGAGAGGAAGUAGAAGAGGAUGAAGGCAUGGAACGUGAUUUAGAUGAUGAUAUCCCCAACGCGGAGGAGGAGGCCUCGGGUCUUAUCGAGGAAGGAGAAGAAGGGCUCGAGGAAGAUGAAAUUGGUGACGAAGGAGAAUAUAUGGAGCGCGACUUGGAUGAUGCCAUCCCUGAGGGGUUCCCCGAUGAUGACUAUGAGGGCUCAGGCCUGUAUGAUGACGAGGACGACGAUUUCGACAACCAGCCUGAUCUGGAUGCAGAGAUACCUGCUGCCGACGGUGAGAGUGUGAGUGAAGGCAUGACGCGUGACCUCGACGAUGAUAUCCCUGAUGCUGCAGAGCAAGGCUCGGAGCAAGAAGGAGAAUGGCAACACACAGACAGCGAAGAAGAGCUGAGUGAUGAAGAGGAAAACGAACCUAGUAUCAUUCAAACCAGAUUUGCCGAGAAUUUCCGCACCAGUACGCCCAACAGUCGUGGCUUGCCUCCACCUCCGACUCUGCCCCGCGAGCCCGAGACUGAAGCCCAGCGCCGUUUCCUCAAUCGCUGGAGUGGUGGUGGCGAUGCGUUGGAUUCUAGCAGCAUGCUUUACAGUGACGAUGACCUGCGCGCAUCCAUAACCAGUCAGGGCAGUCGACGAAGCGGGUUUGCGAGAAGGUUCCCGCGGCACAUCGGUGGGCCCAGGGACAGUCUGAACUAG